UUUGGCUAUCCCAACAGCCCUAGUCUAUGCGUGUACAACAACGCAAUUCUCUAGUCCGCCGGACUGGACAAGCAAGGAUUUGAAAGUUAAGAUGCUCGUGGUCAGCCAAUAUCUAAAGGCGGUGACGGUCGUGAGUACCUUGGACGCUGAGAGGUAGAGAAUUAAGUGGGUCGCACCCUGAGUUUCACUCACCCAAACCCAUUUCGUCGUUCAAGUGGCAUCGUCCCAGCCAUUUUACAACUUAAUCGCCUCCUCGCCCGCCACUCAAUUAUGCCCAUCAUAGAUACCACAAAGGAUUUAUCAGCGCUCUUCACAAAGCAAGCAGAGACAACUCCCGAUGCCCUCGCCUUAGAUGAUGAUGGCACCUCGUAUACCUACUCCGACCUCCACCAGAAGGUCGACGAGCUCGCACAUCGCCUUAGAUGCCAUCGUGUAGGGCGUGAUAGCCUGGUCGGAGUGCUACUACCUCGUGGUGCCGACUAUGUCAUCGCUUGUCUUGCUGCCCUUCGAGCCGGUGGUGCCUUUCUUGUGCUUGAGUUGGCAUAUCCGACAGACCUCUUGACUGAUGUCAUUGAAGAUGCAAAUCCAGUUGUUAUUUUAACCCAGAGGUCAGAGAUUGGCAAGUUGAAGGAUGGUGUUCAAUUCAUCGCCCUUGACGACACCGAAUCUCAGCAAGAUGGCCAAAGGUCCGAUCAAGACCUUCCACCUUUACCAGCAGACGACGAUCUGGAUCGAUUGUCUUUUGUUGCAUAUUCCUCAGGGACAACUGGAAAACCGAAGGGCAUAGCAAACCCACAUCGUGCACCAGUCCUUUCAUACGACAUGAGAUUUGCCAUUAGUGAUCUUCAACCCGGGGAUCGUGUGGCCUGCAAUGUCUUUUUUGUUUGGGAAAUCAUACGACCCCUUCUACGAGGUGCAACUGUGGUGCCUGUUCCAGACGAGACGAGCUAUGAUCCGGUAUCUUUGGUGGAAUUCUUAUCAUCAAAGAACAUCACAGAGACCUUGAUGACGCCUACACUGCUUGCUGCCGUCUUGGCUAGACAUCCCGAGGUCGGCAGUCGGCUGGCUAAGCUCAAAACCCUGUGGCUGAACGGAGAGGUUGUUACGACUGAUCUAGCACGCCGAGGACUCCAAGCGCUUCCGGGUACUCGAUUACUGAACUGUUAUAGCGCGUGUGAAACUCAUGAAAUCGCUUGCGGCGAUAUCGCUGAGAUGCUCGAGAACUUGGACGAUGGAGUAGCAUAUUGCCCUGUUGGAAAACCUCUGGACCCGAAGAGAGUUUACAUCCUAAACGAAAGUGGACAAAAGGCCGACGUAGGCGUGAGUGGUGAGCUUUUCGUUGGCGGUAACCUACUGGCUCGAGGCUACAUAAACAGGCCGGAAACCACUGCCCGAGCCUUCACCGCAAAUCCAUACAGCUCAGCACCCGGUGCUCGUAUGUAUCGGACUGGUGAUCUUGCGCGACUACUGCCCUCCGGUCUGCUGGAAAUCGGUGGUCGUGUUGGCGCUAUGAUCAAAUUGCGUGGGUAUUCCGUUGUUCCUGGGAAAGUGGAGAAUGCCAUCACAACCCAUCUGGCUGUAAAACACUGUGCUGUCAUCGCACACGGAGAGGGGUUAGAAAGACAACUAGUCGCAUAUGUUGUACGAGACAAGGAUGCCACCCAAUCACGCCCAGCCCUGGCUAUAGAUGAGGCGGGCUACAGUCCAUCAGGGCGCAAAAUGCUCUCUGCGUACCUUGCUCAGUAUAUGAUUCCUGCAUUAUGGGUUCAACUCGAUGAGAUACCUACCCAUGGCGUGUCUGGCAAGAUUGAUACAGCGCGUCUCCCUUCACCUCCCACACCGAAACCUCAAGCACCUGGUCAAAAAGCUGAGCGUGAUCCCAUAGAUCUUGAAGACAUUGCUGAGAUAUGGGCAAUCACGCUGAACACUUCACGGGGUAACAUUACACCAGAACAUAGUUUCUUCGACCUGGGAGGACAUUCACUACUACUGGCAGAGCUAGCUUCUCGUUUUAGUAAAAUGUUCGGGUUCCGCGUACCUGCGAGCCGCCUCGCUUCUCCACCAACACUUAAUGGUCAUCUUGAGACUGUACGCGCCGUUAGAGAUGGCCGUAUCGCUGCUUUGCAAGCAGAUCUUCCGGCUGUGCUGCGAGCAGACUCGGUUCUUGAGGAUGACAUCAUUUCCAAUGGGGCAAAGAUGUGUUCGCUCCAGAAUGCGAAUACCGUCCUUUUGACGGGCGGCACUGGAUUUCUGGGCGCGUUCUUGCUCAAUGAGCUCCUAGAGAGCACGUCAGCUCACAUUCUUUGCCUUGUCCGAUGCAAUGAUCCGUCAGAGGACGAUGUCCCAGCUGGCAUUGCCAGGAUUCGACGAAAUAUGAUUGACUUUGGGCUGUGGAACGACGAGAUCAUGGAACGGAUUGAGAUCAUUCCAGCAAACCUUGCACGAAAGCAGCUUGGCCUGUCUUCUGGAGCAUUUCAAGACAUUGCAUCUAGGACAGAUGUCAUUGUUCACGCCGCAGCCACAGUCAAUCUCGUCUAUCCCUAUGCUGCGCUUCGUGACGCCAACGUUGGCGGAACUCGCGAGAUUCUUCGUCUUGCCAGCAAGGGCGGGUCUACUGUCCAAUACAUCUCCAGUAACGGUGUACUCCCGCCAUCAGCGGGAGGUUGGCCAGAAGAAGCCAUGCUAGGCGUAGAGCAUGUACAUGAGAAGCUGCUUGACGGAUACGGCCAUUCAAAAUGGGUCGCAGAGCAACUUGUUGUCGAAGCAAGUCGUCGCGGCAUGCCAGUUAGGAUCAUUCGUGCCGGCACAAUAAGCGGACACAGUACUUCCGGAGCAUCUAAUGCGUGGGACCUACUCAAUGCCCUGUUCGUAGAAUCUGUACGCAUCGGAUAUUUCCCUGAUGUACCUGGCUGGCGCGCAGAAAUGACGCCAGUCGACUUUGUGAGCAAAGCCAUUGUUCAUCUUGGUAAUCAAACACAUGCGGAUCAGUUGGUGUUCCAUCUCGGCGAUCCAAACCCGAUCCCAACAAAGGAGCUCUUCCAGCACUUGACUGACCUAGGCUAUCCCACAGAACCACUCGAGUUCGAUGAGUGGGUCGCGAUGUGGAACGUGAAAAGAGGCGCGGCUAAAGGAGGUGACGGUGCCUUUACUGUCGAUAUCCUACGCAGCGGUAUGCCAAGUAUCGGGUUUCUCAAAGGCAUCACUGUGCUCAACAAUGUCGCAACAAGGCCAUAUAGGGCUGUGGUUGAACGACCAAAGGUCGACAAGGUUCUUCUCGAGACUUAUACACGCCAUUGGUACGCGCGAGGAUGGCUCUCCCAUCCGCCCUCAACGCAUCAAUCUAAAGGCGGCUCCGCACAGCGCCCUCGCUAUGGUCCGUUGAGUAGCCGCGUAGCUGUUAUUGUUGGCGCAUCAUCUGGAAUGGGGGCAGCCAUCGCCGCAGCACUUGCUCGCGAAGGCUGUCAUCUAGCCCUCGCUGCAAGACGCUACGAUGCAUUAGAGGCUAUCAAACGGCGGCUCGUCGUUCGUGAGGGCAAGGUCUUGAUCCGUAAGACGGAUGUUACAGAUCGAAAGCAGGUCGAAGCGCUCAUUACGCAAACGACAGCCGAGCUGGGACCUGUUGACAUUCUCGUCUCGUGCGCUGGUGUAAUGUAUUAUACGCUGAUGAAAAAUGUACAGGUCGAGGAAUGGGACCGGACUGUGGAUGUGAAUUGUAAGGGCCUACUACAUUGCUUGUCUUCUGUUGUACCAGGAAUGCUGGCACAAGGCAGUGGUCACAUUGUCGCCAUCUCCUCCGAUGCUGGUCGUAAAGUCUUUCCCGGGCUCGGCGUUUAUUCUGCCAGCAAAUUUUUCGUCGAGGCAACUUUGCAGAGCCUGAGACUGGAGACGGCCGGCUCAGGUUUACGCAUCACGAGCGUGCAGCCAGGGAAUACUGCGACUGAUCUACUCGGCAUGAGUAGUGAUAAGGAAGCGAUCAAGAAAUAUGGCGAGCCGACCGGGAGCAAGAUACUUGAUCCGGAGGAUAUCGCUUCGUCGAUCGUGUACGCAUUACGGCAGCCGGGCCACGUAGCUGUGAACGAGCUGCUGAUUGAACCGCGAGAUGAGCCGAUAUGAUAGAUUGAGAUUUGUGUGUUUGCACCACGUUUUCUUCCAGCUCACGAAUCUUUCAGCAUAACUAGACGUACUUUACUGUGAUCAAUUCACAUCCAACUACAAUUAAUUCAUAUAUAAUUUACUCCG